CUUCACUUACCUGUACAAUUUUUGUGUGGUUCCACCUGCGAACUGUGAACAUUUUUCUCCUCCGCGACAAACUUUUCUCUUGCGGUCGUUCAAUUUAAUUUUGUACCAUCCAUCUCUAAACGAUAAUUACGGUUAGAAUUACUUUGUUUUUUCGUCGGACACGCACUAUACGAUGGCAUCCAUCACGGCAAGUUUACUAAUUUUAUUGUCGAUCGCAUCUCCAAUGCUGACAAUCUCCCAGGAACUUCCCGAGGUGUUUCCGUCUGAACUUGCGCAGGGCACUCAUAUUCAAGCCGUCUUAGAAAAAAUCAAAAGGUUCUGCCCACCAUUUGGAAACUCGGACGAGAGAUUUAGUGUAACGGUGUUGGGCACUAAGUCACCGGCGAUAGGCGGAUGCGUCUCCAUGGUACCACCAAACCCCGACAUAUUGCCCUCAUUUAAUUUGUGGCUGGGCAAUCACAAAGCCGGCGGCGGUGGAAAGUGCGGUGAUAAAAAUAUGGACCACUUCUUGUUUGAGUGUAUGACAAAAAACCCAUUAUUAACAGAUGAAGACACACUUAAGGGUUGGUAUGUAAUGUUAUACGACCGAACUGCCAGAUGGUCUGAACGUCAAGACUACAGAUGUGCUUUAUACGAAACAGUCAAAGAAGAUCCACCGAUGAUUAAGAUGGUGAUUAGUGCGAACCAAUCGUGCCAUGGUCUUUUAAAGAAAAUUAAAGCACCUGAGUAUACCGUUCCUAAGGGACUUCGUCAUUUUUCUGAUGGGUCGAUAGCUCUUCAAAUCAGUAAAGACUUGCCACAAAAGCCCAUAUGGAGAAAAAAGCGGUCAGAAGUACGAGGUGGUGGAUGCAGGUUUCCAGAUUGGUCACAAGGAUCAUGGACAGAUUUACAAGUAGAUGGAAGUCUAGUGCGCUAUGAUUCUGUCCACCAUGAGAAAGAUGACGUUGAUUAUGGUCAAGAAAGUGACUAUGGAAAAGAAGGAGAUGUAGAAACCACUGGAGGUCAACAAUACAUGCAAAUGUCGCAGCGACAAAAGAGAGAUUUGUGGCGGGAGCCAAAAACGAAAAUAAUAGAGUAUUUCAGGGAUAUGCAGUUUAAAACCCCUCCCAAAAAACGAGUACCAAUGGAACAGUUUUCCAAGACAAACAAAUAUCACGGAACAACACACAGUCCCGCUAAUUCAAUUAGGAAAAAGAGGUCUACAAAUGAAGAUUUGGACGAAAAAUAUAAUAGUACAGAAGGCAAUGACGCAACUUCUGUAAAAAAUACUGAUAAUUUAGAUGACUUUGUUUUUAACGAUUUAAUACACCAGUGGAAUAUCUUACAGACUCUUCCAAUGGUCACAAAUCAUAGCUGGGAACAAUUCAAGAGAGAUACAGCGGAUUUUAAAAAGAUAUCAUAUUAUGUUCCAUUCAUUUCAGAUCAAAUUCGAAAAACAAAAGACCUGAGUAAGCAACAUAAUCAUAGCGAGAAAAACCCAAAUAAUGAAAAGACGAAAUGUUAUUGUCAUCAUAAUGUCAAGGAUUUUACACCUUUAAAUGAUAGAGAUCAAAUAGAAAUUGUAAAUAAAGUAAAUAAAUAUUUUCCAACAACUAAAAAAUACUCUGAAGACUUAAAUCAAAAAUCAAAUUUUCUYUUUGAUUCUAUUCAAUUUCAAAAAAAAAGGCAAUUGGAUGUCGAGCAAGAUCGUAUCGAAGACUAUCUUAAUUUAAGUGAUGAGUUAAAAGGAAUAGAACGUGGUGAAUUGACAAAUGUUGAAAAAAUUUCUMAAAAAUAUCCUGACUCUUUGAACAAAAGUGCAAGUGUUCCGUCCAAAAUAGUACAGCGAAAAAAAAGAGAAGUGAAACAUUUAUUUAAUUUUGGUGAAGAAGAUAUUAACAAUAACAAAAAGAAAUGUUACUGUUAUAAUGAUUUUGAAGUUUUUAAAUUACUAAAAAUAUUUGACGAGAUGAAUAAAUAUUUGGCAAAUACUCAAAAACAUCCUUUGAAUUUGAACAAAAAAUCAAAUUUCCCUUUUGAUUUUGAUCAACUUCACGAAAAAAAAGAGUUGGGUAACCAAUAUAUUCAUACCAAAAACGAUACAAAACAUCGACAGAAAAGAUGCUGGGGUACACCAGCAAAAACAACAACAGAACGUUACAGAGAUGCACAGUUUGAAAACCCCAAAAGGGGUGAUCCAACGGAACCAUCUUCCAAACCAAAUGAACAUUUCGGAACGACACAAAACCCCGCUGAUCUUAUUAGAAAAAGGAGAUUUAUAAAUGAAGAUUUGAAUUACGAAUCUGAAAGUACAGAAGACGACGAGGAGGCAGCCCUUAGAAAUAUAAAAAUGAAAGAUAACUUUAAUAGGUACAUGCGCUGGCGGAAUAUCGUAAAUGCUAUUUCAAUGAUCAAAAAUAGUAUAGGGACGUCAGAGGAAAAGAUUAAUAAAAAUGAAUUUGAGGUAUUCCCUGAGAAUGCACCAUUACCACCUCCGAUAACGUAUUUUAAGUUCGCUGAAAUUCAAGGAAUCCCGUAUAGAGAAGCAUUAAUAAAUUGGCGGAGUUUAGAACGUGCGUAUCUUCAGAAGGAAGCUGAAAUCGCUUACACUGCCUAUCCUGGCCAAAAUCAUCCAGAUAUAGUCAUAAAAGAUUUUGACCAAACAUUCGAUGGUAUAGAAUAUGACUUCAAUCCUCUGUAUCCCGAGGGCACUGAUGAGGACCCGACAGCCUACCGGGCUCUUACACUGCCAGAUGGUUACCAUAUAAAACCCCGACUAUCACGCCGUGCAACAUACGAACAAAAACAGUUAAGUGGUGCCUCAAAUUCAGCCACUGUGGUUAGUCAUUUUCAAGUUGUCGGUUCUAACCCAUCAAAUUACCGUACAAACCAGGAAAAUACCCCAAGUUUAAAUCAACGGUUGAAACGCAGUUCUAAACAACAGAAUCAACAACAGCGUACAACGACGAAAUUUUCGUGGAGUUGUGAGAUGCCUGUUGUUAAUGACGAAAAAUAUCUUAAACAUCCUGAAAACGGGGUCAAGUUCCUCACUUAUGGUGGCCGUAUUGUAGAAAAUAAUGUACAGACAGGCAAUGAUCAACAUAACGAAAAUUAUUCAAAAAAUACAUACAGUUGCUUGUGGUUAGUUCCUAGAGGGCCAAACAUUUUGGAAUAUUCCAUAAUAGCAACAGGAAUGCCUUCAAAUAAUCAAAGUAUACACACUUUUGCACGGCAAUUGUGCAGUAAAACCCGUGCGAAUGGUAAAGACACUGGUGUCCGAAAUGAAAACACGCUUCAAUCACGCCGGCCAUCGUGGGUAACUGUAACACGUAUCACUCAAGAGAAACUAGUUCCUACCAGGUGUCCUGUGUCUCCUGGUGUAGUGUUCUACGGCGUGGUUCCAGCUCCACCACCACCUUCUACGGUAGCCACAAACAAAGUCCAGGCCGCCCCAUUGCGACUAUGUGCCAGGUUAGUAUCUUCUGCUGAUGACUGUGCGACCGGACAAAUGGGACCAGCUGACCAAAUGAAAUAUACUGUGUCCGAAUGCGUUGAUCAAGACUCGUCAACUGGAACUGCUCAAACAGUGAUUGCAGCUCAAACAAUCUUUGAAGCAGCAUCGGGAGGAGACACUGUCAGUGGAAGUUGGAGGAGGAACAAACGACACUCGGCUCCAACAGAUACGUCGACCGUCGCUUCAUCUGUGGCUAUUACAUCUACAUCAUCUAACAUGCCGAUCUUGAAAUUUAGUAGUCACAACACUUCKACAGAGGUGAUAAACAACAUAACCAACCACCAAACGACUGGGCCAACAACCACCUUCUUGACCGCUAUGGAUCCGUCCUCUACGAUAUCCAGCAGAAAUGGAAUUCAACCGUCCAUAGACAUUACUACUAUGAACCCUUCUAAUUUUACUACCACUACUACUACUACUACUACUUCUACUACUACUACCACCUUCUCGCCAGCUAUAUCUCAACCACAUGAGAUGAUUUCUAUCGAUCAACAAAUACCGUCACUCUCAAAAUUAUUAACUACUGCAACCUCUCCUUCUACUUCUACGGCUACUGUUCCUACUACUGCAUCUUAUCACCCGGUUACCGAUUAUCACGCUCGUCAACAGCAGCAGUGGCAGAAACAACCCGAACAAUCGAAUAAUAACAAUAACGAUUAUUAUUACCGAGGACGGCAACAAUAUUAUCCCCCCACACCACCUGGUAAUAUCGGUACGGAUAAUAAUWAUUAUUAUUCUCAUCAACAGCAACAUCCACAAACACAACCACAUUGGUUGCCUCAACAACAUCCUAUUACUGCCAACGGAUAUAGUAAUAACAAUCAACGUCAGACAAUGGAUAGUGGUGGACACAGGAUAGGCAAUUAUUAUUAUCGCCAGCAACAGCAAAAUUAUGAUAACCAUAAAUACAACACUGAUCAACAGCAACAAACGCUGCAGCCACCACAUGACUCGUCAAUAACGCUUCAACAUCCAAACAGUGGUAGUUGGAACGUUCGUGGUGACCGACCGUUGUACAUAAGUGGUGGUGGAGGAAGUGAUAAUAACCGAAACGCACAAGUUGCUUGGAACAGCUCUUCUAGAAUUAAUAGUAGUAACAAUGGUGGUUGGACGACGGCAGCACAACAGUACUGGUGGUACCAGCAACAGCAACGACAGCAAGAACAAGAAAAAGAACAUCAAAGACAACAACAACUGCAGAAGCAGCGUCAGCAGCAAAACAACCGUGGUCUGGGUGGAAUCUUGUCACUACCGCCCGUACCACUGCCGCCACUGCACGUAGAGCAAGGUACCAUCGCCGUUUCGAUGCCUACACCACUGCCACUACACCCACGCCGUCAACAGAAACCUUCAAAUCACUACUAUCUGCCAACGCUGACUACUAAGACCUCUUCUCAGCUGUAUCAAUUGCAGCCUAAGUCUGAAAGCCGGUAUUAUCAAGAACGUGAAUACCAAUGCCUCGGCCAAUGGACCGAACCACAGCAACAAAUAAGCCCGGAAGCUGGUGAAAAAUCAAUUAUGUUGACGUAUACGUACGUAAAACGUUUAAAUCCAAUCACCAAGGAAGGGGCCCAGUAUGAAUGUUUUGUUGGAACUCCAAUACCCAAUGACGAAGGUUUAAAUCCUGAAACCACUACCACAAUAUUACUUACGGAAGCAGGAACAAAUUCUAAAUGCAGUCGUCUUUCGGACCCGUACCGCUCUGGCAUGAAGUUAGUCGGAACCAAAGUUAAGAAAGAAGGUGCAUGUAAAGGAUCAACAGAACAAUCACAAGACACUGGUGGUGGUUUAUGGUACUCCCUUAAACCCCAGCAAAUUUCUCCGUCCAUUCCCGAUGCCGAUAAYGGAAGAGGAGCAUGGUACGCUGCACAUCCUGUUCCCGUAGUGGCACAAGCUCCAACUACUAUGAUGCCUAUCCUUAAAGGCAGGAACACCGGUGGUAAUGGAGCUACGUUUACAUCACGUCAGAAUGAACAAACUCGUCGUCCAACUGCUAAGACUAACCAUAGUAUAAGAACCGUAGUCGACAAGACAAUUAUCAUACUUCUAGCGGUUAUUCUAAUUACAGGACAAAUAGAUAGUAUAGUCCUUCACUUUUUCAAUUAAAUUUCUGGUCAAACGAAAACAAAAUAUUUACAACGACAAAACAUAACCUAAAAUUUUUACAAACGCAUGAUUGAUUUGCCGACUUUAUUCUAUUCAAAAUGAAAUCAGUACGAAAAAGUGGCAGGGUAUUUACUUUGUCGCGAUCAAGAUGAUGUGACCGAGUCGCGAUCAAGAUGAUGUGACCGAGUCGCUUGAAAAUAUUCAAUUACGAGACCGAAAUUCUAACGUCUAUAUAUUCCGAAAUUACGCUACUGCGUAGAAAUUGGUCGCCCGAUACUAAUUUCAUUUUGAAUAUAAUAAAUAGGUCUAUAAUGUAUACAUUUAUAAUAUAAAAACAUAUAAUAUUUUUUCACACAUAACUAUUAUAAAAUUAUCCAUUGUUGAAAUACUUUUCAUUGAAAAAGCGUACAAUGAUUUAAUAAUAAAUAUAUUAAUUUUAAUUUUAAUUUUAAUUAGUUAUAUAGUUAGAGUAGGUUAGGCCUGGUGUAUACGUGUAUAACACUAUUACCACAUAUACAUUUCAUAUUAUUAUAUUUAUAGGUUCAUUCAAAUAACAUAGUAGACAACCUAUAUUAUAAUA